ACCAAAACAACGUGCAUGUGUUUUCAGUCAGUAGUUCCACAGAUUUCGAACCAGUUAGCGGUUCAUCACACGACAAAAUGACUUCGACAGAAGUUAAAAAUCGAAACAGUAGUGGACAUGAUUCUUCAGAGACUCCAAGCGAUGACCAGGAUGGGACAGUGAAAUUAAAACGGACCAUAACGCUGUUCAACGGGGUUGGAAUCAUAGUUGGGUCUAUAAUUGGAUCUGGGAUUUUUGUCUCACCCAGGGGGGUGUUGGAAGGAGCCGGUUCUGUUGGUGUUGCAAUUAUCGUGUGGGCAGGUUGCGGGUUGUUGUCACUUAUUGGUGCACUGUGUUACGCGGAGCUUGGAACCACAAUCACAAGGUCAGGAGGGGAUUAUGCCUACAUUCUUGAAGCCUUUGGACCAUGCUUGGCUUUCCUGCAGCUAUGGGUGAAUUUGAUUAUCAUUCGGCCGACAGCUCAAGCUAUUGUUGCUCUCACUUUUGCUUAUUAUGCUCUUCAACCAUUCUUCCCUUCCUGCGAUCCACCAGAGGCCGCCACAAGACUGUUAGCUGCACUAUGUAUCAGUAUUUUAACAUUUGUGAAUAUUGUCAGCGUGAAGGCAGCCACAAAAAUCCAGGAUAUAUUUACAGUCGCAAAAUUACUUGCCUUACUGCUGAUUAUCUUUACUGGGGCUGCUAUGAUAGCUAUGGGGGAGCAUGAACAUAUAGUGAAUGCAUGGGAUAAUAUAGACGGUGCUAAUGUAGGGGUAGGCUCAGUGUCUCUGGCAUUCUACAGUGGACUCUUUGCUUAUGCUGGAUGGAAUUUUCUUAAUUUUGUAACAGAAGAAUUGAUAGAUCCUUACAGGAAUUUACCGCGUGCUAUCUACAUAUCAAUUCCAAUUGUAACGUUUGUAUAUGUGUUUUCAAAUGUGGCUUAUUUCACACUGGUUUCACCUAGAGAGAUGAUGGAGUCUAAUGCAGUAGCUGUUACAUUUGCGGAGAAAGUAUACGGUGUAAUGGCAUGGAUCAUACCAGUGUUUGUAUCACUCUCCACAUUUGGAGGUGUAAAUGGUCUACUCUUUACCUCAGGGAGAUUAUUUUUUGUGGGAGCACGAGAAGGUCAUUUACCACAACUGAUGUCUAUGAUCAAUGUUAAACGUUACACACCUAUGCCAGCCAUGCUCUUCACUGGAGGUUUAUCAAUUAUUAUGUUGAUCUCAGAUGACAUGUAUGCUCUCAUCAACUAUAUGAGUUUUGUACAGUGGUUGUCUGUGGGUAUGUCGGUCACAGGUUUGCUGUAUCUUCGCUACAAACACCCAGAAUGGGACAGACCUAUUAAGUUUAAUAUUGCCAUACCAAUUACUUUCCUCAUUGCCGUGCUAUUCUUGUUAAUUGUGCCACUUUUUGCUGCGCCCAAAGAUACGGGUAUGGGUCUGUUGUUGGUACUGACUGGCGUACCUGUCUACAUUUUAGGAGUACGCUGGAAAAAUAAGCCCCAGGCUUUUACUAAUUUUGUCAGAUCUUUAACUUACACUAGCCAGAAGAUAUGUCAUGUGGUGUCAGAGGAAGCAUCAUGAUCAGACUGUGUCGCAGUGUUUAUACAAACUUUUACAAGUCCGGAAUAGAAGAAUGGUGAACCGUUUCAUUGUGAAGCCUUGACCUCUAGCCUCGCUUGUUGUUUUACAAUGAAUGUUUUGGUUAAUGUAAAUAUAUACAUAUAAACAGUGCCUAGAUAGAACGGGUGCCAAGUAUGCUGGGUAGAAAGAUUUUAGUGAAGGGAUUAAGAUGACUACAGAUGUCAGAAAGAACCAUAAAGGUGAAGAAUGCCCAUAUUACAGCGCUAGUUAACUGUUGUAGAUGUAGUGAACCUCAUAUGCUUUAAGUGCAAACUGUUGUACAUGGUGAACUUCAUAUGCUGCAACUGCAUACUAACUGUUAUACAGGGUGAACUAUUGAACAUGACAGCGCAAUUAUACUGUUAUACAGGGUGAUCCAGAUGUUUGUACAAUGUAAGUUACAUGUUAGACAUGGUGAAACAUGAAAGAGCAAAAAGCUGCCAUUAUUUUUACUACAUUUAUUGAUGUAGAUUUUAAAACUAAUUGAUAUGUAAAAAAACUUGCCUAUCAUUGAUUUCAUAGCACCUUAAAAGGCCAGUUUCAACACUAGAAUGUCCUUUACAUUGUAGGAACAAAAUUUAAGUUUUAUAUAGUAGAUUUUUUUGGUUGUAUUUUUUUCGAGCAUUUAGAACAAAAUCAGGGAGUAUUGGCAUUCAGUAUUGUUUAUAUAUUGAUAUCCAUAUAAAAACACCUGUACACUAGAACCCUUCCAGGGACUUUGGAUUCUUUCAUGUGAGGAAGCUAUCCAGCUAGUUUAUGGAACACGGAUGGUUCUACUCUGGUGCCAGUUUGUGCCUGAAAUAAUGCAUGGCAAGGCACCUGAGGUCUUCCUCCACCAGUAAAGCUGGAACAUCGCCAUAUAACCCAUACUGUGUCGGUGUGAUGUAAAACUCCAUCAAUCACACUAAAACCCGAGUUAGAAAUCAUCUCUAAGACCAUUUCUCUUAAUAUAGAUAAAUUUUUAUCCUUGAAAUUUGCAAGGUGACUUGACCAAGUAUCAAUUGUCACAUUAUUCACGUACCAAAGACACUGACAUGCAUAAUUCAGUUACAAAAUACAGAAUCUCUAGUCGCAAUGACCACCUACCUUCGUUAAUAUUUUUUUUUCUAUAAAUAGGAACACCGUAG